ACUGCCAUCCUCCCCCCUACUGGGGAAGUCCAGCCCCCAACCACAGUCCUCCCAGACAACCAAUCUGUCACUCCACCCAAACCACCUCCCUCUACCUCAGAAAGGGAAAAGGAAGUAUCACCCGCAGAGAAGGUCCCAGAAACUGAAGGUGACUGUGCACCCACUGAAGCCUGCACUAGUGACCAGUUACCUGCUUGCUAGAAAUAUAGCUCUGUUGGACAAUGAGGACAGUGCAAAUGAGAUGGAUGAGGAUAUGAUGACAGAUGAGGAAGGUGAGGAGGAAAGUGAGGAAGCACGUGAAGCAGAGAUGCUAGAGCCUGAAGUUGCAGAUACUAAGACCGUAAAAGGUGAAGUGGAGCAGAUAAAACAGUUAACAAUUUCAGAUAGUUAAGUCAAAAAUUAAUAUAUUAAGUUAUUUUUUAAAAUGUGGAAAGAUAGGGAAGUAAUUGAGAUGAUUUGUAUUUUAAACAUAUCAGAAAGGAAAUAUGAUACAGUUGCAAAUUAGUAAAUUGAGUCUGGAAUUGUGUAACAUGGAGUGUUGUUGCCUCAGUCUGCUAUUUAGUAGGAACUUCUAAAAAGUGAUAUAAUAAUUGUGUAUUUUACACCAAAUUAACAAAGUUGUAAAGAGGAAUUUGAGGUUUUUGAUGUGAAAAAAAAAACUUUUUUGUGUAAUUAUUUCUUAAACUGCAUAUUUUGACUAAUAAUUUAAAGGGAUUUCAUAUACAUUUUUAUUCAUGUUGUUGUAAUAAUAAUGAUGAUAAUACAGUAUUUAUAAUAAUUAUAUUUUAUGAUUACCAUUAUUAUUAUUACAUUUACUAAAGCAACUUCAACAUUUUGAAGUAGCUCUAUUAAACCUUUCAUAAUUAUCGCAUUUGUCAGCAAAUUUUAUGUAAAGAAGAAAAAGUUCAACUAAAAGAGAGAAGAUUGUUUUUGUUCUAGCAGUUCUCUUGUAGCAUCUUAUGUGGUUGAGCUAACAUUGUCUGUCAUUGCAAGAAAUUAUUUGUAUAAUUAUAUUAUAGAUCUCUGCUAUGCUUUCAUUGGCUUACCUGCAUGGUAAAUAGUUACAUAAUUAAGAUAUAUUUGCCGAUGCAGACUCUUUAAAUCCAGAGAAGGAAGAGCAUGCAAAAGAUAUGAAAAACGAGAGAAAGUAUGAUAUAUUCAAAGGCAUUUAUAAUCCUAUGCUUUUGAUAUCAAAGAAGAAAAAAUCAAAGGUCUUAAUAUUUCCCACUUUUGAGUUUUAUGUCAUGUUUUAUGUUAAAAUGACUUGGAAGCUCCAUAUUGUACAAUAUUGUCACAGUUAGUUUAAAUAGAUAGAUGUGUAUAUUUUUUAGCUAAUUUAUUUUGAUAUUGCAGAAUAACAUUUAUUUUAAAAUGCAUACAUGCUCAUACACCACAAACUACUAGACACCUUUGUAACUACACAUGUAAUGUGUAGUACAAUUUUCACCUAUUAGUGCAAUUGGCUCAUGCACUUAUCUUUACAGUACAAUUCAAUUCUUGCAUCUCCAAAUUUUGACACAUUGGUGCACACCUUAUACAUGAAUAUGUUAGUUAUAGGGAUAUACAGUUCAUGAACAACUUGACAUACAUGUGAAAAACAAAUAUGCAGUAACACUGCAUGCAUGUUAUAGUGUUAAAGUGUAUUUUGGGUAUGGUUUAUCAACUGCAUUGCUACUUCAGUCAGUUUGGCUUGCAGAAGGAAUCUUAGUUACAAGGUAAAGUAUUAUAUUUUGAUAUGGAAAGAUUUUUUCAUUUUUGGUGCAGAGCUCCACAUGAAGAGGAGUUUCAGUGGCUCUGCACAGUUAGAUCCAAAUUGCUUAUCAAAGUCAGUGUAAAGACAUGGAGCUGACCAUUAUGUUGUUUUAGUUGAAAAGAAAGGAUAAUUCAGACUCAACUGGAUAAUUGAUAGCAUGGUCUUCAUUUUCUUAACAAUUUGAAAAUUAAUACAUGAAUUUGACUUAGGUAUACUGAACACAUUUAGUACAUAGUGGGGUUUGAAACCUUCAUCUUGACAGCAAAAGUUUAUUAACCGCAUCAUGACGGGCCCAGAAUUUUCAGUGAUGUAAUCAUUACACACUGAUAAAACCUUGCUGGAUUUGUGCUUGCUUGGUGGAGCAAAGCAUGAUGCCUCAAUGACGUAUUACCCAAAUACAUCAUAACAUGUCACUGGAGGGUUAAUGAAGAACUACAGGAACAUGGCUUAAAGUUGUUGUACUUGAUAUUCAUUGGCAUGUACUAAAAUUAUGUAUCAGAUUUGAUAAUCGUUUAUUCUUUGGUGGAGGAUGGUAAACAAGUUCCUUAAGCAUUUAGUUAUUAUUUACCAACUUCACCAAAUACAUUAGUUGAAAUCUAUGGAAUUCAGUGCCCAAUAGAGAAAAUACUUUUGAUAGAAACAUCUGAUAUGCAGUGCAUAUAAAAUUAGUAGUCUGGCUAAUAAAUUUGACAAAAUCGGGAUUUGGACAGUGCCCCUGCUAAUAUUAGGCACAGGAUGAUAAAUGAAUAAUGAUUGAAAGUUAGGAUAUAUAGCGAUUUAAGUUAUCUUGCAAAGUUGACUGUGGAGGCUAUCCUAAUUUGAUUACUAAAUAGAUAAUUUCUCCAAAUAUAUGGGCUGGGAUAUUAUAUUACAACCUUAGCUUCAUUAAGAUUUUAUUUUACAGGUGCAUGGGCUAUUAUGGUAUGUUGAUUUUGUGCGGUUUUAUAUUUUGACAUUUGUUGUGACCUUUGAUUACUGAUGUUGAUAUGAAUAACUUAGGAGAGUAUGGAAAAAUUUUCUUUUAUUUAUUUAUUUUUAUUAGGAAACAUGGCAAGGUGUUUGUAUAAUUAUAAGGGUGUAUUAUCUUCAGGACAGAGUAUUAAAAAUACAAUCAAAAUUAAUGUAAGUAAUUCUAUUGGAUAAAUUGGUAAGGAGAAUUAGAAGUAUUUGAUGAUAUUCUCUGCUGGCAGGAUAUGUAAACCCAGGGAAUUUAGAAAGCAGUAAAUAGGUCUGUCCCCUUUAUGAUUAAGGCCUUUAUUUUAGCAUGGCACCAUCUUGUAUAAAAGAAAUAGUUUACAGGAAGUCUCCUUUUAAGUUAACAGACUUCACUCAAGAUAAAACCCAGUCUAUUUAUUUUGCACAUUUAUGAUUAGCAAGUGGAAAUGUUACUUUGUUUCAACCAGAGCCAUUAACUAACACAUUCAAUGUUUCUCCCUCACUCACACUUUAAGGUCUUUAAGCUAUCUUAACUCAGGGAGACUUCUUGGUUUAAAUGCUUAGCAACCCACAGGAUAUAAUGGAUUAUAUUACCCAAGUGUGUAGUGUGGAAUGAGAAAUAUUCCACAUCAGGGAAUGCUCAAUUAGUAAAUACUAAUCCUUUAGUCAUGGGACACUCCCAUUUAGGUACUUCAUCAUGUAAGUGACAUUCCCAGUUGUUCAUUGUUUUUCUUUUUUUUACCAACAGACAUUUAUAUGCUCACAAGUAUUCCAAAGUGCCCUAUGCAUCCUUCAGUCAUUUUUUUUUACAUUGAUAAAUAUUUUAAAUGUACAAAAAUGUAAUAUAAAUAUUAAGUGCCUUU